GGUGGUUCCGCAUGCGCGGUAGGGUUGAGCGAAGCGCACGCUGAGGAGGAUCGGCGGCUGCUGCGGGUGGAUCAAGUCUGAUCUCUCGGAUUAAAGAGCGCGGCGCGGGACCCCACUGCGGGAUCCACAGACAUACCUCGGAAUGCCGGGUCUAAGUUGUAGAUUUUAUCAACACAAAUUUCCUGAGGUGGAAGAUGUAGUGAUGGUGAAUGUAAGGUCCAUUGCUGAAAUGGGGGCUUAUGUCAGCCUUCUGGAAUACAACAAUAUCGAAGGCAUGAUUCUUCUUAGUGAGUUGUCCAGAAGGCGUAUUCGUUCUAUAAACAAACUCAUCCGAAUUGGCAGGAAUGAAUGUGUGGUUGUCAUUAGAGUGGACAAAGAAAAAGGGUAUAUUGAUUUGUCAAAAAGAAGAGUUUCUCCAGAGGAAGCAAUCAAAUGUGAAGAUAAAUUCACCAAAUCCAAAACUGUUUACAGCAUUCUUCGUCAUGUUGCUGAAAUGUUAGAAUACACCAAGGAUGAACAGCUGGAAAGCCUGUUCCAGAGAACUGCUUGGGUCUUUGAUGACAAGUACAAGAGACCUGGUUAUGGUGCCUAUGAUGCAUUUAAACAUGCAGUCUCAGACCCAUCUAUUUUGGAUAGUUUAGAUUUGAAUGAACGUGAACGGGAAGUACUCAUUAAGAAUAUUAAUAGGCGUUUGACACCACAGGCUGUCAAAAUUCGAGCAGAUAUUGAAGUGGCUUGUUAUGGUUAUGAAGGCAUUGAUGCCGUAAAAGAAGCCUUGAGAGCAGGUUUGAAUUGUUCUACAGAAACCAUGCCCAUCAAGAUUAAUCUAAUAGCCCCUCCUCGGUAUGUGAUGACAACAACAACCCUGGAGAGAACAGAAGGUCUCUCUGUCCUCAAUCAGGCUAUGGCUGUUAUAAAAGAAAAGAUUGAGGAAAAGAGGGGCGUCUUCAAUGUGCAAAUGGAGCCCAAAGUGGUCACAGAUACAGAUGAGACUGAACUUGCAAGGCAGAUGGAGAGGCUUGAGAGAGAAAAUGCAGAAGUGGAUGGAGAUGAUGAUGCAGAAGAAAUGGAAGCCAAAGCCGAAGAUUAAUUUUAUGGGAAACAAGAGUCCAGUUUAAGGAACACAGAGCAGCCCUUGCUGGCUGGAAACCCUAGACUUAAAAGUUUUCCAGUAUUGAAAACGUCAAAGCUGAAUAUUUUUUAUUUCCAAGUAUUUAAAGGUUCCAACAGACCAAAACGUGCAAUGCCCUCCUAAAUGUCAGCUGUCCUCACACAGUAGCUCCAGCACAUUGAGCAUUUUUUAAGGGAGUGGCCUAAUUUCACUGGAGACAAAUCUUCAGGUUAAGAACAGUCAUAAAAUUGGGUUUGUGAUUGCCAUUUCUGAUGUCUCCAGAUUGAUACCCCUUUGCCUCCCAUGAAAUUUACCAGGGGCACCCAAAGCAAACAAUCCCAACCUUUCUAUAUAAAAUGUAUCAAACAAACAUUAAAUAAAUUUCUGGGAUAUUUAACUAUAGGCUUCUUCCUUCUUGUCACCAGUAAAAGCAUUAUGAUUACUAAGACCCUAAUUCUGUUCAUUUUAGUCUAGAUGUAGAACUGUAAGGGCAGUUAGGUGACCAAAGGAUCUAUACAUCAGAUCCUUUCAGGAGGAGAGGGCUUAGAGAAAAUAAUUUUAACCAUAGUGAAAGCUGACUCUUAGAGGGAAAAAACCUUAAAAUGCAAUUAAAGAACUACAUUGGUUGUUUGCCUCUUACGUGUUUGAGACUGAUGAAAGCAUGUAUGAGGGAGAAUUUAUCACACUGGUCCUAGUUGGUGUACUAAGCUGCUUGCCUUGAGUUUGUAAUUCAGGGUGGUAAAGUGUUUUUGCUUUGUUUUGUUUUUUAAUAUGCUGCUGCUUUAUAGUUAUUUUAGUAUCAUCGUCCAACUUGAUUUUUUUUUCCAUUAAAAUAUUCACUAGAUGCCA